GCGCAGGCGUCCUCCCACUGGGUCUUCCUGUCCUGUAAACCCAGGGGCCCGCUGCCGACAGCUUCUGCUUCCGGGGCACACCUUGACAGCGGCUUUCCCGACCCAGCUCAGACCCGCGGUUCGGCAGUUUGGAGCAUGUGAACACACUCUGAGUCUUGAUGAGUUCCAGUAUGUGGUAUAUUAUGCAGAGCAUUCAGAGCAAAUACUCUCUCUCAGAGCGUUUAAUCCGAACAAUCGCUGCCAUCCGUUCCUUCCCACACGAUAAUGUAGAGGACCUCAUCAGAGGGGGAGCAGAUGUGAACUGUACCCAUGGCACACUGAAGCCCCUGCACUGUGCCUGUAUGGUGUCAGAUGCUGACUGUGUGGAGUUACUCCUGGAAAAAGGAGCUGAGGUGAAUGCCCUUGAUGGUUACAACCGAACAGCCCUUCACUAUGCAGCAGAGAAAGAUGAGGCUUGUGUGGAGGUCCUAUUGGAGUAUGGUGCGAACCCCAAUGCAUUGGAUGGCAACAGAGACACCCCACUUCACUGGGCAGCCUUUAAGAACAAUGCUGAGUGUGUGCGGGCUCUCCUAGAGAGUGGGGCCUCAGUCAAUGCCUUGGAUUACAACAAUGAUACACCACUCAGCUGGGCCGCCAUGAAGGGAAAUCUUGAGAGCGUCAGCAUCCUUCUUGAUUAUGGGGCAGAGGUCAGAGUCAUCAACCUAAAAGGCCAGACACCCAUCUCCCGCCUGGUGGCUCUGCUAGUCAGGGGACUUGGAACAGAGAAAGAGGACUCCUGCUUUGAGCUCCUCCACAGAGCUGUUGGACACUUUGAAUUAAGGAAAAAUGGCAUCAUGCCACGAGAGGUGGCCAAAGACCAGCAGCUAUGUGAAAAACUGACUGUGCUGUGCUCAGCCCCAGGAACUCUAAAAACACUCUCUCGCUAUGCUGUGCGCCGCAGCCUGGGACUCCAGUAUUUGCCAGAUGCAGUGAAGGGCCUCCCACUGCCGGCUUCUUUGAAAGAAUACUUGUUACUUGUAGAAUAGCCUGGAGGAGAUCUGUGCACCAUCAUGCAGGUGACUCUGGGUGAGGUACUGCAGCACUGUCUCUUUGUCAUGGAAAACAGAAAAGCAUUGUCCCUGUUGUGUGGUUAAUAGAUUUUGAGGCAACAUGUCACAACAGUAACCUCCACAGCCCCUCCUCCCCAUACCAAGCAACCAACCAAAACAAAUCCCUCACUUUUGUUUGCUGUUUAUUUGCUUACUUGGCUUUUUAUAUUGCACCCUGCAAAAGAGGUCUCCCCGCCACCCUCCCUUUUAGGGAAUGAAUAAACAGUGCAACUAAAUUUCUCCAGGAAGAUGGAAAGUAUUUAAACAGUAUGCAUGUGGUUUUCCUUUGGGGGCAUGAUUUAACAUUGCAGAUGAAUCCCUUCCUUAUUGAUCUGUGAAGAAGGUUAAGAAAAUCACAACUCUAGCUAACAACAGUUGUGUCCUAAAGAUGAAGAUACUCCGUCCUGCAUGGUGUGAGAUUAGAAUUCAGAAGGCCUGGCUCCCUUUCCUUUCACUAAAGAAAAGAGCAGUUUUUGCUUCCUUUCCAUGGGUGUGCCUCAGGGUUAUAGUCGUUCAGCAAUGUUAUUUCAGAAAGCUAUUUUACUGCUUUCCCAUAGAAGAGAUAGCAGGUUCUAAGCAGUCCUAAGAACUGCUGAGAGUCUUGUACCAUUCUUCUAACACAGCUCUUCUCUUCCUGAAAGCCAGUUUGUUCUAAUGGGCUUUAGCAGGCAUUUCCUGCAUCUCAAAGAUGUUUACUGUAGCAGGAGGAUGGGCUGGGCUGCCUUCCCCCUUAGGACUUCUUCUUUCCCUAUGGAAAGCUCAUGCUGCUGAAAACUUAAGUUAUUUUUCUUUCCAUUGUCUUUUCAUUGAUCUAUAGAAGACAUUGGUUGGAAGUGGGUUUGAGAAGGGAAUGGGAAAGAACAUAGAAGAGCUGCUUUGGGGAUGGGGUACCAAAAAAAAAAAAAAAAAUCUGUUUUAGUGAACUAUACUUAGUCAACAAAACUCUUCAUGUUCCUAAGCUAGAUCAAGUUGUUAUUGAUCUUUGAUGACCUAUAUGUGAAUUUGAAAAACUUUUUUUAAGCUGUUUGGGAACUACAAACAAAAUGAAUGGGAUCUGCUGACACAGCUAAUUUGAAAGAAUAUGCCUGCUUUUGUCCAUUUGCUCUUGGUGGUUUUUGUCCAUUAAAAAAAGAAUAAAUAGUUAUAGAAGCAAGUUUGGAAAUUCCCACUGUUUUUCUCUACUCCCUCCUCCUCCCAUUUAUGAAAAAUUCUUUACUGCCUGGCUCUUAAACAUACGUUUCCAUCCCAACUUCUCUCUCAUCAGCAAGUGUUUCUGGACAUGGGUGGAGUGAACAGGAGCUUGGGCAGAGUAUUUAAAAAGCAUCCUCCUCCCUUAUACCUUCCUCCAGCCCCAAAAUACAAAAUCAUUGCUUUUGUCCUCUACCCCCAACUGCAGGGUGUGGCUCAGUGGUAGAGUGCUUUGCCUAUCUCACAAACAAACAAAAAGAUCUCAGCUACAUAUUAACACAUUAAAUCACCAAAGAAGCUUGAUGCCAAGAUUUCACCCCAUACCAGUUGUUUAGAAUUUCCUAGGGUAGGGCUGGAUUAGGGUUUCUUCAGAUGCUUCUAGUGUGUUGCCAGGAAUGAGAGUCACCGCUUUAGAGGAUGGUUCUGCAGCCUACCUCUUAAUUAGAGCCACACAGGGAAAUGUUUUAAAUACAAGGCCCAUGCUCCACCCCCAGAGACUAAUUUAACUGGUCCAAAAUGGGCCCAAGUCUCAGUUUUUAAAGGCAACAUGAGGUGAUUUUACUAUUCACUAGGUUUAUGAAUCACUGCUUUGGAUGUUAUUUGUUUAGUUAUUGUACCAGGAAUUGAACCCAGAGACACCUAACCACUGAGUCACAUCCCCAGCUUUUUUUAUGUUUCAUUUUGAGAUAGGGUCUCCCUACAUUGCUUAGGGCCUCACUAAGUGGCUGAGACUGGCCUCAAACUUGCAAUCCUUCUGCCUCAGCCUCCCAAGCCUCUGUGCACCACUGUACUAAGCUAGAUGCUAUUUAUUUCACAUUGUAAGCACUUGAUAUUCUGGAAAGGAAAUAUAUUUUUGUCCAUGUGAUAAAAGACAUCAUCUGUUUUCUCAGUUACUUUAUAAUCACUAUGUAUUUGAUGGCUAAUAAAUUCUGUUUCAGCUCUA